AGGGCGGGUCACGUGGGGGACGCCGCCGCGCGCCGGAAGCGGAUCCCGCCGUGGCCGUGGCGACGGGACGCGGUGGGGCCGGGCCAGGCCGCGCCCCGCCAUGGAGGGGGCCCCCGACGAUCCCGACCGGCAGGCGCAGGAGUACGUCACCCGAAUUCGGGGACCGGGGACCCCCCCGGGAUGCCCCCCACCGCCACCGCCGGAGCUCGGCCCUCCCGUCCCCCCCCCGCGGCUCCCCCCGGGGCUGAAGCGGCCGCCUCAGGCGGCCGCUUCAGCCCCGGGGGGGGCCGUGGGGGGGCUUUUGUCGCUGCCGCUGGAGCUGCUGCUGGAGAUUUGCGGGUACCUGGGGGCGCGGGAGGUGCGGGGGGUCCUGCCCCACGUCUGCCGGGCUUUGUGGGACGUUGCCCGGGACGUGGUGGCCUGGAGGCUCCGUCUGCAGCGCAGCGCCCGCGGACCCUUCCCCGUCCUGGAAGAGGAAGGGUUCGACUGGUCGGCCGCCUGCGUGGACCUCGAGGAGCACCUACAGCGCUGGGGGGGCGGCGGGGCCCCCAUGGAGCACUUUUCCCUGGACGAGGGACACUUCGCCUCCGUCGAUUCCGUCCUCCUGCUGCAGGGGGGGACCCUCUGCGUUUCGGGUGCCCGCGACCGUAACGUCAACCUGUGGGACCUGCGGCAGCUGGGCCAGGCCCCCGGCAAGGUGCUGGUGAAGGCGCUGGGCACCGAGCGCAACGGGACGCACAAGGGCUGGGUUUGGUGUUUGGCCUCGCGAGACAACAAGGUUUGCUCGGGGUCCUGGGACAGCACGGUGAAGCUGUGGGACCUGGAGGCCGAGGGGCAGCAGUUCGGGGAGAUCAGGGAGAAGGCGGCCGUGCUCUGCCUCUCCUACCGCCCCGACAUCCUCGUCACCGGGACUUACGACAAGACGGUGACAGUCUACGACCCGCGAGCCGGCCCGUCCCUGGUGCGCAGCUACAAGCCCCACGCCAGCGCCGUCCUGUCCCUGGCAGCCGACGACCGGCUCAUCGUGUCCGGCAGCGAGGACCGGACCCUCGUCGUCUUCGACCGCCGGGCCGAGGGGGUCCUGCAGCGGCUGCAGCUGGAAAACUACCUGCUCUCCAUGUCGUACCGGGGGACGCAGCUCUGGGCCGGGGACAACCAGGGCCGGGUGUACGUCUUCGGGAACAGCACCGGCAGCUUCCAGCCCGCCCGGUAUUUCGACGUGGGGCACCGGCUGCAGAUCACGGGGCUCUGGCACUCGCCGGGGUCCCUCUUCACCACGUCCACCGACAGGACGCUGCGGAUACACGUCCCCACGGACCCUCCCCGCACCAUCUGCUCCUGGACGCACGACGACGUCCUCAAUGGGAUCAGCGUGGAGGGGGACGUGGUGGCCGCCGCCUCUGGUGGCCUCUCGGUCGAGGUGUGGAGGCUCCGGACCUGAGGAGGCGCCGCCGCGGCCCCGCGCUCGCACUGCCCGGGAAGGGGGGGCUGCCGGUGCUGGGGGUCCCCCCGCCGCCGGGGGGGUCCGUCCCCGCUCCCCACCGCUGGCUGCGGGGACCCCUCUGCGCCCCCCGACGUGGAGGGGACGGGCCCCCGCCGGGGCUGGGAGCCCGUGGUUAUUCGUGGGUAUUAAAAGGAUUUGACUGGA